AAAAAACACAAAAAUUUAAAUUUUUUUGUUGCUUAUAAAUUCAUAGGGAGUUGUAUUUGUUAGAGUUCAUAGAAUACAUCUUUACCAUCUCUUAAACAAAUUUGGUGCCUGUCUCAAAUUUACACAUAGCCACAUAGGUACUGCUUCAACUGAUAUGACAGGUUCAACAAGUCAUACUCCACCGGUUCCUGAAGAUUCUGAAAUGCACCAGGAAUCCAAGAUGAACAAGGGGAAGGAUCAAAGGAUCAAGACAGUGCCCUUUUACAAGCUUUUCUCAUUUGCAGACUCUUGGGAUUAUUUUCUUAUGAUUGUUGGAACUAUAAGUGCGGUUGGGAAUGGAGUCUCUACGCCGUUAAUGACUAUAAUUAUCGGAGAUGUUGUUGACGCUUUCGGAGGAAAUGCUAACAAUAAACAAGUAGUUCAUCAAGUUUCAAAGGUUUCUCUCAACUUUGCAAUCACGGGUGCAUGCGCCUUUUUUGCAAUGUUUCUGCAGGUGGCUUGUUGGAUGAUAACGGGCACGAGACAGACUGCGAGAAUAAGGGCGUUAUAUCUCAAAGCGAUUUUAAGACAAGAUAUCAGUUUCUUUGACAUGGAAACAAACAGCGGUGAGGUUGUUGGAAGAAUGUCGGGUGACACAGUUCUUAUUCAAGAAGCCAUGGGAGAGAAGGUAGCGAAAUUCAUACAGUAUAUGGCGUGUUUUUUAGGAAGUUUAGUGGUGGCAUUCAUCAAGGGUUGGCUUCUAACCCUUGUCCUUUUAUCGACUCUUCCUCUUCUUAUCCUCUCUGGUUCCAUAAUGAGCUUUACUUUCGCGAAGAUGGCAUCUCGUGGACAAGCAGCUUAUUCCGAAGCAGCAACUAUAGUAGAGCGGAAAAUCAGUUCAAUUCGAACGGUUGCAUCAUUUACCGGCGAGAAGCAAGCUAUAUCUCAAUACAAUCAAUCCUUAAUUAAAGCUUACAAAAUUGGAGUACAAGAGGGAUUGGCUAUUGGAUUAGGCCUCGGUUCGGUUCGUUUAUUUGUUUAUUGCACUUAUAUUUUGACUGUAUGGUUUGGAGGAAAGAUGGUACUGGAGAAAGGUUACACUGGCGGUGAAGUCAUAAGUGUAUUUUUCGCUAUACUAACAGGUUCCUUGACUCUGGGACAGGCAUCUCCAUGCUUAGCUUCAUUUGCGGCUGGACAAGCUGCAGCGUUUAAGAUGUUUGAAACGAUUAAAAGGAAGCCAGAGAUCGAUGCUUAUGAUACUAGCGGGCGAAAGCUUGAUGACAUUCGCGGAGGCAUAGAGCUUAGAGAGGUUUGCUUUAGUUAUCCUACAAGACCAAAUGAAAUGAUACUCAAUGCAUUUUCUAUUUCGAUAUCAAGUGGCACUACCGCGGCUUUGGUCGGGCAAAGUGGAAGUGGGAAAUCAACAGUUAUUAGUUUGAUAGAGAGAUUUUAUGAUCCACAAGGCGGUGAAAUUCUCAUUGACGGUAUCGACCUUAGAGAAUUCCAACUGAAAUGGAUCAGACAGAAAAUAGGUCUAGUCAGUCAGGAACCGGUUCUUUUUACUUGUAGCAUUAAAGAGAAUAUUGCCUAUGGUAAGGAUGCAGCAACCGAUGAAGAAAUCAGAGAUGCGGCAGAACUUGCUAAUGCUACUAGCUUCAUUGAUAAGUUUCCUCAUGGACUUGAAACGAUGGUCGGCGAGCAUGGAGCUCAGCUUUCUGGAGGCCAAAAGCAAAGAAUUGCUAUAGCAAGAGCAAUUCUUAAAGAUCCAAGAAUUCUACUCCUUGAUGAAGCAACAAGUGCACUUGAUGCAGAAUCUGAAAGAGUGGUACAAGAGACACUAGACAAAAUCAUGAUAAACCGAACAACCAUCAUCGUAGCUCAUCGCCUUAGCACAAUAAGGAACGCUGAUAUCAUCGCUGUUAUUCACCAAGGAAAAGUAGUAGAAAACGGUACACAUGCUGAGCUCACUAAGGAUCCUGAUGGAGCUUAUAGUCAACUUAUUAAGUUGCAAGAAAUUAAAAGGGAUUCAUCAGACCAAUAUGGUGCUAAUGACUCGGAUAAGUUAGAAAAUUUUGUAGAUUCUGGAAGAAGAUCAAGCCAGCGAUCUUUAAGCCGCGGAUCAUCUGAGAUUGGACGUAGCAGUCGCCAUUCAUUCAGAGUAUCAACUUCUACACUAGUAGGAGGAUCUGAAGUUGUUCCUUCAGCAGAAACAACAUCACCAAAAAGUAAAACUCAAAAUGUUCCGUUCCUCCGCCUCGCUUAUCUUAACAAGCCUGAAAUCCCAGUGUUACUCAUAGGGACAAUAGCAGCAGCAGUAACUGGUGCAAUGCUACCAGUUCUAGGACUUCUAGUCUCCAAAAUGAUACAUACAUUCUUUGAGCCUGCAGAUGAACUUCGUAAAGACUCGAAGUUUUGGGUUUUAAUAUUCAUUUCUCUUAGCGUGGUAUCUUUCACUUUUCAUCCAAUAAGGUCAUACUUUUUUGCUGUAGCUGGUUCUAAGUUGAUAAAAAGGAUCCGGUUAAUGUGCUUCAAGAAAAUAAUUCACAUGGAAAUAAGCUGGUUUGAUAAAGCUGAGAAUUCAAGCGGUGCACUUGGUGCAAGGCUUUCAACUGAUGUUGCUUCGAUUCGAACUUUGGUUGGCGAUGCACUCGGUUUACUGGUUCAAGAUAUUUCAACAGUUAUUACAGCUUUGGUAAUUUCCUUUGAAGCAAGUUGGCAGCUUUCUCUCAUCAUUCUUGCUUUGAUACCUAUACUAUUAGUAAGUGGACAUUGGCAAAAGAAGUACAUGCAAGGGUUUAACAUAAAUGCAAAGAAACUAUAUGAGGAGGCAAGUCAAGUAGCGAACGACGCAGUAGGAAAUAUCAGAACAGUUUCUUCUUUCUGUGCCGAAGAGAAGGUGAUGGAGUUAUACCAGAAGAAAUGUGUAGUGCCAGUCCAAACAGGAAAAAGGCAAGGUUUAGUCAGUGGAACUGGUUUUGGCUUAUCCAUUUUCCUUUUCUUCUGUUUCUAUGCAUGCAGUUUUUAUGCCGGCGCCCAGCUUGUUGGGAAGGGCAAAACAACAAUGUCAGAAGUUUUUCAAGUAUUUUACUCUCUCACAAUGGCAGCCACCGCGCUAUCUCAAGCCAGCUUCAUGUCUCCAGGAGCUAGUAAAGCAAAAUGUUCUGUUGAUUCGGUAUUUGCUAUUCUUGAUCAGAAAUCAGAAAUAGACCCUAGUGAUGAAUCAGGAAUGAUACUGGAAGAUGUGAAGGGAGAGAUUGAGUUCCGUCAUGUCACUUUCAAGUAUCCAACUAGACCCGAUGUUCAUAUAUUCAAAAAUCUUUCCUUAAUCAUUCAUUCAGGACAGACAGUUGCAUUGGUUGGAGAAAGUGGAAGUGGAAAGUCAACCAUGAUCUCAUUGUUGCAAAGAUUUUAUGAUCCGGAUUCAGGUCUGAUUAAACUGGAUGGAACAGAAAUCCGAAAGCUACAACUUAAAUGGUUUAGGCAACAAAUGGGCCUAGUAAGCCAAGAGCCUGUUCUGUUCAAUGACACCAUCAGAGCCAACAUUUCCUUUGGAAAAGGCGGAAAUGCAUCCGAGGCUGAAAUUAUCGCUGCAGCAGAACUGGCAAACGCUCAUAAUUUCAUUAGCAGCUUGCAGCAGGGGUAUGAUACAAUAGUAGGAGAGAGAGGGAUACAACUUUCUGGAGGACAGAAGCAGCGUGUGGCAAUUGCAAGAGCCAUAGUUAACAGUCCAAGAAUAUUACUACUAGAUGAAGCCACAAGUGCACUUGAUGCUGAGUCUGAAAAAAUGGUUCAAGAUUCACUUGAUAGAGUGAGGAUGGACAGAACAACCAUUGUGGUGGCUCAUAGAUUAUCUACCAUAAAAGAUGCAAAUUCAAUUGCAGUUGUUAAAAAUGGAGUGAUUGAAGAGAAAGGAAAACAUGACACAUUGAUCAACAUGGGUGGUACCUAUGCUUCUUUAGUAGCACUGCACACAAAUAGCACUGCUUCAUCUUAAGACUCUUUAAACCAGUUGUCAUGGUUUCUUAAUCUUUUUGUAGUUUGUUUUCAUAUUCUAUAUUCUAUAAGAAUAUGAAAUUUUGAUAUAAACUUGUAGCUAGCGCUAUUAUUAUAGAAAACACAUCACAACUGCUAAUAGACAUAAGUUUAAAAGCAGGUAUAAUAAAAGUGAAACAGUUUUAAAGAUCUUAUUAGAA